UGCCCGCCGGAGAACCAGGGUACAGAGCUAAAUCUGCUUCGUACAGACCUCCAGGUGGACAGGGUUGGUUCCGGAAGUGGCCCCUUCUCUGUGGGAUCCCGGAGAUGCACUAGGGAAGCCAUCAGGCUGGACAAGCUGGAAGAGGUCACCAGAGGUUGACACUUGGCAAAGUCUCAUCCAGCGCUGCCUCCUCCCUGGCAGGGCUGAAGGUUUACUUACUGCCCCUGGCUGAGCUCGGACAGAAGAAUGAAAAGUCUCCGCUGGCGUUACACUCGGCUGCCCAGCCAGGUGGAGGAUGCUCUGUCUGGGGAGGAGGACAAGGAAGAGGAGGAGGAAAAGGAGGAGGCGGCAACCCCAGCCCCAGCUCCGGUUCCUGAAGGCCCCGUGGUGCCCCAGCUGGCAGGAGCCAGCCAGGUUCUGGGAGCCUCGGAGAUGAGUCAGCUCAGUCUCCACCUGCCGCCGAGAGUCACUGGAUACUCCUGGAGGCUGGCCUUCUGCACGUCGAGGGACGGCUUCAGUCUGCGGAGCCUGUACAGGCAGAUGGAGGGCCAGAGUGGGCCGGUGCUGCUGAUGCUGAGAGACCAGGACGGCCAGAUGUUUGGCGCCUUUUCCUCCUCGGCCCUUCGACUCAGCAAAGGCUUCUACGGUACUGGCGAGACCUUCCUCUUCUCCUUCUCUCCACAACUGAAGGUCUUCAAGUGGACAGGAAGCAACUCUUUCUUUGUGAAAGGCGACUUGGAUUCUCUGAUGAUGGGCUGUGGCAGUGGCCGCUUUGGGCUGUGGUUGGAUGGAGACUUGUACCGCGGGGGGAGCCACCCCUGUGCGACCUUCAACAAUGAGGUGCUGGCCCGGCAGGAGCAGUUCUGCAUCAGUGAGGUGGAGGCCUGGGUCCUGAGCUGACGCCACGGUGGGCAGCCUCCUGAGGCCACAGGCGUUCAGACCUGCCCCCGGAUGCCGCCGAGGCCGCGCUCACCCAGGGCGGCCCGUUCCGUCCGAAACACAGAUGGUGAGGUGUCCGGUGUGGACUGUGGCUGAGAGCAGCCUCCGUCGCCUGAGGACCAAGAUAGGUGUGGAGCCAGGCCACAUUCUACUAGAGAGGGGAUCUGAGGGAGUAAAAGACAGUUAUACCUCACCCAAGCACCAUAAAAUUCUGCAGGAAAAUGAUCCUUUUAGAGAGUACACAGUUAAUGUGUGUUUAUUGUAGAAAAACCAGAAGAUAUAAAAAAAAUUAAAAUUGCCUAAAAUUCAACCACCCCCUAAAACACUUACGUUUUCAUGUAUAUCCUUCCAGACAGUUUUCCAAGGAGGUGUAUGGGAUUCUUAAAAAAUGGGAUUCUUCUCUAUAUGCUUUGGACAGUAUUUUAAUUUAAAGAGUAUUGUCAAACCAGACACCUAACUCAACCAGUGAAAUUAAUAAAGACUCCAAAAUAGC